AUGGCAUCGGCGCGCAAGAGGCCCCGGACUGAGCCCGAAGACAACCGGGCCGAAUGCCCGUUCACGAUCAAGAUUGUUGAUCCCAAGGAUAAGGACCAGAAGAAGAAGAAGCGCAAGCGGACUGAGACUGGUGAUGAGGACGACGCCGCCCAUAAGGUCAACCUGCAAAUGUCGCCCUUUGCGCCCUCCGGCAAGUUUAAGACACAUGAGACGAUGGACCUCUACUACCAAGUCGAUCCGGCAAAGAGAUGGACAGACAUGACGAGAUACAACAGCUUCGUCCGUAAGUUCAACUCCUCGCCUUCCCAACCUGCCCACGCCGAACCGGGAACGCUCAAUGGAAUCAAGUACUUCAGCGAGGGUUUCAUCUAUGUCGCGAAUGACUCCAGCAUCGAGCGCCAAAAGGCUGUCAAUAACAAUGAGCCUAUCCAGCCGAGAAAGAAGUCGGACGACGACUGGGUUGCGCGCAUUUUAGAGAUUCGCGCCAGCGACGAGCACCACGUCUAUGCACGAGUCUACUGGAUGUACUGGCCGGACGAGCUCCCGCAGGGAACUCACGACGGCAAGAAGGUGAUCCAGGGCCGCCAACCAUACCACGGCAUGAACGAACUGGUCGCCUCCAACCACAUGGACAUCAUCAACGUUGUGAGCGUCACGCAACAGGCGCAAGUGAAGCAGUGGUACGAAGAGAACGACGAAGAGAUACAAAAUGCGCUGUACUGGCGGCAGGCAUUUGACGUCCGGACAUACGAGCUCUCGACGGUCGAGCUGGUCUGCAGCUGCAACACCCCCGCGAACCCGGACAAGAUGCUGAUCGGGUGCACGAUGGAAUCGUGCAAGAAGUGGAUGCACGAGCAGUGCAUCCUAGACGACGCGCUUCGGGCGGCAUACAAGCGCUUGGGCACCGACAAACCACACCUGCCCCCAGUCUCAACAAAGAAGGAGGAGACCGGCGACGAGGGGAAGCGCCCAUUGAGCCCCUCAGACACGGGUGCCGAGGGGUCUGCGGAACACUCGAUCGACGUUAAGGCCGAAGGAGGUUCUGUCCACGUCAGCACAAAAGACAACGUCGACGUCCGGCAGGGCCCCGCCGAUGACGAAGAUGCCCAAGCUGCGCCGGAAGACUCCCUGCCCCUGCGACCCGCCGACCAGCCGCGCUCGACGAGCGAGAUCACCGACACACCGAGCAAGCCCUCGACCGCGGGCAAGUCGACGGCGGGCCGCAAGCCGGGCAGGCCACGGAAAUCUAAGGGUGCGGAAGCCAACGGCGAGAGCUCGCGCCCGUGGGAGGGGCUGUUCGCGGCGACGAUCAAGACGGCUGACAUGGGCCCGCCGCUGAUUGAGUUUCGGGACCUGCGCGAGGGGGUUGUCGACGGCGAAAAGACGUGGACAGAGCCUGUCAAGUGCCUGCUUUGUGGGAACCAAGUCAAUUAG